CUACCUAAAUGAUGACCAAACUGUGAUCUCUCAUCUCUGCAUGGGAAUAGACUCAUACUUGCCGAUUUAAAUUUGGGGCUGUAGUAGAAUUGGACUCGCGAGCCUUCAAUUGAGGCCCUGACCCAUCUCCCAAAGGAGCCAGCGUGCCAGACCAUUUUGAAUUGAAAAAGAGCCCGCUCUUCUCGCAUUUUAAAUUCUCCCCGUUUCUCCGUCUCUGUUCAGUCUUCCCGAGACAAAGAGCGUCCAUUGUCUCCCUCUCUCGAAGGCAGAUAUUUGGAAGCCUAUACUCAAAACAGAAAAAUCGGAAGUCAGAUAUGGCCACGAAAAUCGGGAUGAUGGAUUCGGCGUCUUUCGUCGGCAGAUCGGAGAUCCUCUCGUGGAUCAACUCCACUCCCCAUCUCAAUCUCUCCAAAGUCGAAGAGGCCUGCACUGGUGCCGUUCAUUGCCAGCUAAUGGACUCGGUUCAUCCAGGGAUAGUGGCUAUGCACAAGGUCAAUUUCGACGCUAAAAACGAAUACGAAAUGAUCCAGAACUACAAGGUCCUUCAAGAUGUCUUCAAUAAACUCAAGAUCUCCAAGCACAUCGAAGAAAAUCUUACAAAACGAAGGCCGCUUGAUAAUUUGGAGUUCAUAUAGUGGAUGAAGCGUUACUGCGAUUCUGUUAAUGGAGGUACUCUCAAUUACAGUCCAAUGGAAAGAAGAGAGGCAAGCAAGGGAGGAAAAGAAGCAAGCAAGAAAUGUCCACCAUCUCAACCUUCAGCCAAGAGUUCAACAGCUGUCCCCAAAGCACAGUCCUCCCACAGUGCUAAAAGGAAUGACGUGUCCUCUGUGAACUCUACAAGUCAAUCUGUAAAGGCUUCAAAACCACCUCCUAGUCCAGUGGCUGCAUAUGAUGAACAGAUCACAGAAUUGAAGCUGUCAGUGGAUAAUCUUGAGAAGGAGAGAGACUUCUACUUUGCAAAGCUGAGAGAUAUCGAGAUUUUGUGCCAGUGUCCUGAGAUUGAAAAAUCAACUGUUGUUGCAGCAAUAAAAAAAAUUCUGUACGCUACAGAUGAUAAUCCAUCAGUUGUUGCAGAAGCUCAAGCCAUGGUAUCCCUUCAGCAGAAAGAUGCAUUAAGUCCCAUUGUUGAGGCUUCGUCAGAGGAAAAGAUGAAUUCAGAUUUUCAGAAGCGAAAAUGCAUUGUAAACUUGGAUGUUGACGCUACUAGCAUCACAGCAUUGUCGCCAAGGCAAAGGCUUUCUGAAGCUACCGAUGUCCAUUGCAGUGGGUCAUCCCUUGUGACUUACUGAUAUUGUCCAAUCUGAAGAUGUCUUUCUAAUUACAUAUCCAUUACAAACUAGUUUUAUAGGUACCAUAUUUUAUGGUGAAAAAGAAUGUUUAAUUAUUUCAUUUAAUGGUACCUUAUUUUAGUACUAAUGAUGAUUUCGCUGAUAAAGAUAUCUUAUGCCAUGGUGAAAUUUUAAGUGCUUUGUUUGAUAACA